AUGGCUGUAAAUGACUCGACCGAUGCGAUGGCCGCAUUAUCCGUCAACGAUGACCUCUGGAAAGAACUCGGAUUGGACGAUAUCAUUCAGACACAGCUAAUCAAAAUUGAAAAUGAUUAUGAGAGCAUUUUCUCCUGGGACAUCCAGCGACUAACAGGAGUCAGUCAAAAUCUUAGGUUGAACCUUGUUGAUAAAGUUCGGGAAAAACAAGAAAUGCUCACAGGCAUGGACAGCUGCAAGAAUGAUGAAUUCAAUUUAAAUAAGUUUUACUUACAAUUGGUAGCUAGUUAUGAACUUUACAAUAGUAAACGUUAUAAGGAAUCAUAUUUGGAAAUUGAAAACGUUGUUAAAUUUCUGGAGACGUGUAAAUUUGACGAGUCAAACGAACAGUACGCUGAUGCUUACCAUCAUAUUGCUCGGGCCUCCAAUGCGUAUAUUGCAUUAACAUUGAAAAUUGAUUCAGAAAAGUUACUCAAUGAUAUUAAACAAAUCAACAAUUUUAAUUGUGCUGAGAAAGCUGCAAUUUGUGCGGUUAAAGCCAGAAUUUUUAUGGAAUAUCCUCCAAAAGGAAACGAUAUUGCUUUAGAAUUUGCUUCUCGAGCAUGCAACCUCUAUUCUGCAGAACAUGAAUGGAUAAUCGUUUGGUUAAAAGCCAAAGGACGAGUAAGGCGUUAUUACCAACCAUUUGAUAUGGCUGAUAAUGAUGAAAUGGAUGCUGCAAAAACGUUAUGCUCAACAAAAUUAAAGUCUCACAUUUUAAUUGAAGUUUCUCAACUUUACAAGGAAGCAGGAUUUGUUAAUAAAAUAAAAAACAACUACAAUGAAUCCAACAAAUAUUAUACGCUUGCAUCUAAUAUUGCUAAAAAAUCAGUUGAAUUAGCAAAAGAUGAUACAAUACAACUUUGUUUUAUUUUAAUGGCAUGUAUCGAUUUUCCAAAACUGUUGUCAAAAUCCAUUAUAGACAAUUUAAUUACAAAACUCACAAAUGUUCAAAAUAGCUGUGUGGAUGAAGUUCUAGGCUUAUAUUAUUUAAAACAGGAACAGGAUUAUGGAAAAGCAAAAAUUCAUUUACUUCGUGGAAAGGCUGCUGGUCAAUUUCGUAGUGCAUUGCAGUUAAUCAGAGUAGAGUGCCUGUUACAAUCUGUCAAUACAUUUCCUUACGUAAACACUCUAAAUAUGAUGUAUGAUGAUUUUUCAAACCCAGUGAGAAGGCUAACUAUUUUAUUACAUUUAUUGAUGUAUUACAAUUAUUGUGAAAAAAAUCCGAAAGAAAUGAUGCGCUACCUAAAAUUGUACAUUGAUCAAGACGUCGACGAUACUUUAAAAAAACGGCAUUUAAUUUUUGUUCGUCCAUUGUUUAAUGUGGGCAGAUAUAUUAAAUCAAAUGAAUUUCUGAAUGUUCUAUUUGAGAAUCUAAAAGAUUUAAUGAACUAUAAGUGGAGUAUAGAAGAAAAAAAGACGGUUGACUACACAUUUGAUUGGUUCAAUAAAAUUUUAAAAUUAAAUAUUGAUGGUGAUAAUUUUAAUGAUGGUAAUAAAACCACUAUUAAUGAAAAAAAUUUAUCUUGGCGAAAACAGCGGGUUGAUUUAUCAGAAAAUAAGUCUAAUGAAAUUCAUCAACAGAAAAAUGAAUCUUGGAGAAAACAACGAAACCCAAAGGUAUGA